AUGUUUAUACAACCACAUGUCUGCGUCACCUAUCAGCUACCUCCAAUGUUUAUACAACCACAUGUCUCCGUCAGCUAUCAGCUACCUCCAAUGUUUAUACAACCACAUGUCUCCGUCAGCUAUCAGCUACCUCCAAUGUUUAUACACCCACAUGUCUCCGUCAAUUAUCAGCUACCUCCAAUGUUUAUACACCCACAUGUCUCCGUCCCCUAUCAGCUUAUACACCCACAUGUCUCCGUCAAUUAUCAGCUACCUCCAAUGUUUAUACACCCACAUGUCUCCAUCACCUAUCAGCUUAUACACCCACAUGUCUCCGUCACCUAUCAGCUACCUCCAAUGUUUAUACACCCACAUGUCUCCGUCAAUUAUCAGCUACCUCCAAUGUUUAUACACCCACAUGUCUCCGUCCCCUAUCAGCUACCUCCAAUGUUUAUACACCCACAUGUCUCCGUCACCUAUCAGCUACCUCCAAUGCUUAUACACCCACAUGUCUCCGUCACCUAUCAGCUACCUCCAAUGUUUAUACACCCACAUGUCUCCGUCCCCUAUCAGCUACCUCCAAUGUUUAUACACCCACAUGUCUCCGUCACGUAUCAGCUACCUCCAAUGCUUAUACACCCACAUGUCUCCGUCACCUAUCAGCUACCUCCAAUGCUUAUACACCCACAUGUCUCCGUCACCUAUCAGCUACCUCCAAUGUUUAUACACCCACAUGUCUCCGUCACCUAUCAGCUACCUCCAAUGCUUAUACACCCACAUGUCUCCGUCACCUAUCAGCUACCUCCAAUGCUUAUACACCCACAUGUCUCCGUCACCUAUCAGCUACCUCCAAUGCUUAUACACCCACAUGUCUGCGUCACCUAUCAGCUACCUCCAAUGCUUAUACACCCACAUGUCUGCGUCACCUAUCAGCUACCUCCAAUGCUUAUACACCCACAUGUCUCCGUCACCUAUCAGCUACCUUCAUAUUCACGGCAUUGUGGUGCUGGGGUGUCUGUGGAUUACCUACCUCCCCGGGCAGCAGCUAGAAAUGCCCUGUACCAGUUCUAA